AUGCGCAUGUCGAACAGCUUCGAGGCUAUGGACCUCAUGGAGGAGGGAUUAGUCUCCCACAACUCGGACACACGCACAGUGGCCGAAGAUCCACCUGGUUUCGUGUCGCAGGCCGCCGUGCACCACAACUCUGGGACUUCCUCAGCGGAGGAUCCACCCGGUCUGGCGGUGCAGGCCGCGCGAUUGGUCUCGUUCCCCAACUCCGGGGCAUCUUCAGUGGUCGAGGAUCCACCAGGUCUGGCUGCGCAGGUCGCGAGGUUCAUGGAGGAGGACCUGGUGUCUGACAACUCGGAGGCUGUGGAGGAUCCACCGGGUUUGGCGUCGCAGGCCGUGCGGUUCAUGGAGGAGGGCAUGGCGUCCGCCAACUCCGGGGUGGUCGAGGAUCCACCAGGUCUGGCUGCGCAGGUCGCGAGGUUCAUGGAGGAGGACCUGGUGUCUGACAACUCGGCUGUGGAGGAUCCACCGGGUUUGGCGUCGCAGGCCGUGCGGUUCAUGGAGGAGGGCAUGGCGUCCGCCAACUCCGGGGUGGUCGAGGAUCCACCAGGUCUGGCUGCGCAGGUCGCGAGGUUCAUGGAGGAGGACCUGGUGUCUGACAACUCGGCUGUGGAGGAUCCACCGGGUUUGGCGUCGCAGGCCGUGCGGUUCAUGGAGGAGGGCAUGGCGUCCGCCAACUCCGGGGUGGUCGAGGAUCCACCAGGUCUGGCUGCGCAGGUCGCGAGGUUCAUGGAGGAGGACCUGGUGUCUGACAACUCGGAGGCUGUGGAGGAUCCACCGGGUUUGGCGUCGCAGGCAGGCUGUAGCUUGCUUUGCGACGGUGUGAAGAGCUACCAGCGCCAUGCCAUCACUUCAGAUGCCGUGCUCAUGGAGGAGGGCGUCGCAUGUGACAGCUCCGGGGCGUCCUCUGUGGGGGAGGAUGCAUCAGACCUCACCCCGCAGGCGGCGUCGGCGUGCUGCGAGGAGGGCCUCGACUCGAAUAGGUCCGAGGCUUCCUCAGUCGGGGAGGAUCCGCCGGGCCUCGCGCCACAGGCCUUCCAGUCGCUCCUGCACAUCCCGUUGCGCCUCCGCCACUCGCUGGCCGUUGACGAGGAUUCCAGCCCGGAUCUGGAGACAGGGCUGCCGGAGGCUUCUGGAAGACUCUCUCCGGCUUCGCCGGAAAUGCGCCUCCGCCGCGUGAACUUGCCCUGGCGAUUUUGGCGCGGCUUCCUUUGGUUCCCACAGCGCUACGAAGAGACCAAAGCGCGAGGUUGCUGCGCAGGUCGCACCCCAAUCUCCGGAGCCUCUCUGGCCUCCUCAAUUUCCUCCGGAUCCCCAUGA